AUGUUUGUACCUCUUGAUCGGGUUUAUGAUACCCCAGAUGAUGUCGAGGACCUUGUUAAUGAAUUGGAAGAAAGCACAUUAUUAAAAAAAUACGGAAGGUGUAAAAAAUUUAGCAACAUCAUCAAUAAUACAGAUCAAGAAAUAACUAGUUGGAAAUUUAACGAAUGGGAUUAUUAUAGCAAAAAAGAGACAAGAAAAUUACCGUGCAAUGCUAGAGGUUUAUUCACUGUUGGUAACGAGAUAGUUGUCAGAGGAUAUGACAAAUUUUUUAACGUCGAUGAGGUUCCCGAAACUAAAUUUGAUUUUUUGAAGAAUAAUACGACAGGCCCAUAUGAUUUAACAUUAAAGGAAAAUGGGUGUAUUAUUUUUAUAUCAGGUUUGCUGAACGGAGAUCUUGUUGUUUGUUCCAAGCAUUCAACUGGACAAAGGGAUGACUUGACCAGAAAUCAUGCCAUUCAAGGUGAAAUCGAGAUUGAAAAACAAUUGCAUAAAAUUAACAAGUCAAAAAAAGAUUUGGGGCUUUUGCUAUAUAGCUUAAAUGUAACUGCAGUAACCGAGUUAUGUAAUGAUGAGUUUGAAGAGCACGUAUUGCCAUAUUCAAAGGAAGCUUCAGGAUUAUAUUUGCACGGAUUAAAUUUCAAUACAAGAAAAUUUAAGACCUACCCAAUUCAAAGAGUGAACGACUUCGCUCUUGAAUGGGGGUUCAAACCUGUUGACUAUUUUCAAAAGAAUUCAUUUGACGCCCUAUGGGAUUGCUUGCAAGAAGCAGCAAAAACAGGAACUUAUGAUAAUCGUGAAGUCGAAGGUUUUGUUAUCAGAUGUCAGUUAAAUGGAGAUGAUUUUUUCUUCAAGUUUAAGUUUGAAGAACCUUACUUACUAUAUAGACAGUUUAGAGAAGUUACUAAAAGCUUUAUAAGCAAUAAGUUGCCAAUCAGUGCAAUUAUAGCGAAAGUUAAGAAGCAUAAGUACAUUACGUUGAAAUAUCUUGACUUUAUUAAAACAUUAUUUGAUAAUGAGCCAUCUUAUAAGGAUAAUUUUUUAAAUGGUUUUGGUAUUAUUAAAAUUCGACAAUUAUUUUUGAAAGAAAAUGGGUUGAAUGAAACGAGUGGAAUGGAGUUGAUAGAAUAUGAUAGCUUAGAUAGCAAGCUCAAGGAACUAUCCUUAGUUGAUGAGCCUACAUCGUAUAAAUAUGUGCUUAUCCCCAUUUCCACCAUUGGGUGUGGUAAAACUACAGUUUUUCAAACAGUACUUAAUUUAUUUCCAAAUUGGGCACAUGUUCAGAACGAUAAUAUAGCAAAUAAUUCUACCAAAAAUAAACUAGUUGUUCAGUGUUUAACAGAAUUGGCACAACCAAAUACAUCUCUAGUGUUUUGUGAUAGGAAUAAUCAUCAAAAAAGAGAGCGUCAACAACUAUUUGAACAGUUUCUCAGCUUGAAAGACAGUUAUUUGUCUGCAGAUGUUGGCUUAAAGUUUAUCGCCAUUAACUUUGUGGAUAAUUCUUUAGACAAGAAAGAAUUAUUUGACAUUACAUAUGAUAGAAUUAGCAAAAGAGGUGAUAAUCAUCAAUCCAUUAAAUUCAACACUGAUGCUAAGCUAGCAAAUCAAGUAAUGAACGGUUUUAUAAAGAGAUUUCAAAGAUUAGAUACUAGUCAAGAGCCUGAUAAUCAAUUUCAUCUAGUUAUAGAUAUGAAGCUCUCCGAAAAUUCUUCUUUGUGCAAUGCUAAAACCAUUGUUAACGAAUUAAAGCAAUUUUCCAAUUUGAUUGAUACGGUGCCAUCAGACUAUGAUUUUGAAGAUAGUUUCAACAAAGCAUUAGAUUAUAAGCCUGACUUCACGAAGACUUUUGGAAAGCCUGAAAAAAAUAAGAAAAAGGGCGCGAGUUCUAUGCAGCAGAAAAAAGCGAAAAAGAGCAUAGUCUAUUACGGUGUUCAAAUUGACACUCAGAAAGUGAAAAGUAUUAUCCACUCUAAAAUAGAAACUAACCCUGCUUGGGUCGAGCUUACUAAUAGUGGAAGGGUUCAAGAUGAAUUUCACAUUACUUUAUCCCAUGUUAGCGCUGCUAGACAAGAUCAAAGGCAGCGUGAUAUUUGGGAAGACUUAAAUAAGAAGUUUAACUCGGAGUCUAUUUUAACUAAGUAUGAUGGAAGAGAUAUUAUGCUGUUGGACUUUUAUUGUGAUAUUAAAUUCAACAAGUUAAUCAUAGCGCAAGAUACCUUAAUAUGCGUUGACGCUUCCAUUAUUGAAUCGUUUAAUGCAGAUCAUGAUGUUGUUGACCUCAAGUGUUCAAAUGCUUAUCCUCAUAUUACUAUAGGUACAAUGAAACCUGAAAUAAAGCCUUUUCAAUCAAAUAUAAUCCUCAAGAAGUUGUUUGAUAGUCAUGGUUAUGAAUUGAAGGAUGGAGUCUAUGAUAUUGAGGACUCGUAUGUGGAAGUAAUCAAUUUUGACGAUAGUGCAAAAUUAGAAAAAAUGAUGUGUUUCGUUCAUUUUUAG